CUGUAAAGUAUAGUUCAUAGUAACAAACCGUAAAAGCUAAAUUGUUCAGUUUAGAAUGUCAGGUAAUAUGAUGUACCUAGCAAGUGCCUUCUUUGUUCUGAUCUCCUUCCAGCUCGUGACGAGUACUCAAAUCACGAAUUUCAUGUUUGCUCCAGUUAAUCUUGAUCAUGAAUGUGCUCAAAAAAGUGGGGAUAUUCAAAGUGAAGUGACCAUUAUUCUAAUACACGGUAUGGGAAUGACGAAGGAAAACUGGAAUGGCGUAUUUGAAAAUCUGGUUUUCUCGUCCGGCAGAAGGGUGUGUCGCGUAGAUUUACGCAAUCAUGGCAAUAGUCCGUGGUCCAAUGAGACAAGCGUGGGUGCUAUGUCUCACGAUAUAGUUCACUUUUUGGAUGAAAUUGGAGCGAAGAAAGCCAUCCUCGUGGGACACAGUCUAGGUGGAAAAAUAGCAAUGCAUACAGCUCUCAACUAUGCAGAAAGAAUUGAAAGUAUCGUGGUUGAAGACAUAACUCCGAAUCUCAGUGUUAUCAUCGAAGAUACUGUUAUGUUAUUCUGGAAAAUUUUCAAACUGGCAAUGGAUAAAGUUCCAAGUGGGUCCAGCGAAACUGAAGCAAAGAAAAUCUUCAUUUCUUAUAUGAAGCAUUUAAUGAAGCAGUUACAAGCAACAAUUGAUGAUCAAAACUACUUUAUCGCUCCGUUCACUUGCUCCAAAGAGAAAUGUCAGUGGAAAAUGAAUGUUGAUGAUAUCUUGCCCGUUCUUGAAGAAGAUGUUCACAAAUUUUGGACUCCUAGUGUUGGGGUUUUCGAGGGUCCUGCUCUUUUUAUGUACGGGACGGAGUCCAUUUUUCAAGUCGCUGACCAUGAACAAGAUAUCAGAAACCUGUUUCCAAAAGCAAAAUUGGUUGCCUUCGAAGGAGCUGACCAUUUAUUACAUGGGAUCUACCAAGACUUCGAGAACGAAAUACUGAAACUAAUAAAAGAUUUCUAA